GAGGCAGCCUCGGACGGAUGUAAUGCUAAGGUGGGUCUUCCACCCCUUCUGACCUCGGACGGCCAAUGGAAAGCCGCUGAUCCAUCAGACUCCGCCUCCCAGUCGCUGAUUGACGUGUAGUUUAUGGUUCCCUGGGAGAGGGUUGACCUACUGAAAGACGGUUUAACGGACGGAGCGCGAGCGGACGAUUUGAACUCAGUGGAAUUCGAGCGGGAUGCGAUGGUGGACAGGCGGCGUGUAUUUGAGCAAAAGGUGUUGAAGAAACUAUAUUCUUCACCACCUCCUGAAGGGAAAAUACCGGAAGCCCUGACAACAACCUUUAGGGCAGAAAAAGAACAGGAGAAGGAAAGAAGCAAAAGUACUGGUGAUUCAAAAGGCAAUGCACAAAUUAGGCCCGUAAACAAGAAAGUCUACACAGUGAGCCUGCCGCCUUCUGGGAAUGAAGUGUGCUCAACUAGAUUAAAUGAACAACAUGAAUCUCAAGAUUCAAGUGAAGAAUCGGAAGCAUCAAAAAAGAAAUACUUGUUUGAAAAUGUUUAUUCCACUACGAGCUAUGAUACCUGGAUACAUCAGACUGCUGCAGAGUCGAUCUGCUGGCAAAAUGACGCUGAACAAUACAGACACAUGGAUGCAUGGGACAGCUCUAUUUCUCGGCGUGUUAGGUUUCAGCAUGUCCUACUAUAGUGCACGACAAAUGCAACUUCAGCAGAAAUCGUUAACUAACUUUAAAACAUCUACCUGAUAAAGAAGUGGAUACAGAAUAUUCACUGUCAGGCCAUGAAAGUGAGAUUGUAUUUGAUGGUAAAUGUUGUCAGAUCACGUCCUGGAUUACGCCUGCUGUCUUAAAGUUUUAAAAUCCAAUAAGCUUCGCUAUCAUUACAAUUGCACUAAUGAUUUGUUGUGGUAAAGGCAAUCGGCCUUUAACUAAUGCAGACUGUUAAAUUUUGAAACUUUGUGCAUAGAAAUUUGAAUCUGAAGCUAAGUCUAAGCCAUAUUGUAAUUAAUUAUGCAAAAUAGAGACUGCUGUCAUUCACUAUGAUGGCUGUGUGCAGAGAUAUAUUCAAAGUGAUUCCAUGUAACUAGCCACAAAAUUUUGCAGAAGUUAAAAACUAUUUUUACCAUUAACUUCUGAAAAGGUGGCUGACAUAGUAGGCCAAAUGCAACAUAAGAAUGGAAGGAGCAAAUAUAGGCCAUUUGGUCUUCUGUGCCUACUCUGUUAUUCAGUAAGAUAAUAGCUGAUCUUCUACCUCAACUCCACCUUGCUGCUUGAUUACAAAACACCUAAAAAUCCAUCAAUCUCUGACUUAAAAGUAUUUGAUGAUGGAAUAUUUAUAGCCCUCAGGUUUAGAGGAUUCCAAAUAUCCACAGUCCUUUGAGUGAAGAAAUUUCUUCUCAUUUCAAUCCUUACUGCCUAAACCCUCCUUGUGAGGCUGUGAUUCCUAGCUCUAGACAGGAAAGACAGCCUCCCUAGCAGCUAUCCUGUCAAGUCUCUUGAGAACUGCAUAUCUUUCAGUGAGAUAACUUCUCGUUCAUUUAAAUUUCAGGCAAUAGGCUUAAUCCUCUGAAGUUCUCCUCAUAGGAGAAUCUCUGUAUCCCAAGAGUCAAUCUACUGAUCCUUUGGUACCUUCCUUUGAAGAGAAGUGUCUUCUUCUUUUGGUAUAGAAACCAAAAGUGUUCUCAGCAUUGCACUUGUAAUUUCCCUAAGGUCCUCUAUAAUUGCAGCAAGACUUAUUUGGUCUUACUUCAAAAGCUAUGUAAGAAAAGCUUAUAUUCCACUUGUCCUCCCCUAAUUUUGUAUUGUUGACUGUGCUUGUUAACUUCCUGUGAAUUGUAUGUAUGCAAAUGCCUUUUGAAAACCAACAUCUCCCAAACUCUUAGCAUUUAAAAAAUAUUUUGAUUUUCUAUCUUUGUUACCAAAAUGAAGAAAUACCACUGGUUUCAAAUUAUGAUCCAUGAGGAAAAAUUUUGUUGACUCACCCAUCCAUAUCCCUUUGUAACUGGUCUGCAUCCUCCUCAGACCUUACUUUCUGAUCAAAGUUUAUAUUAUCAGCAAGCAUGGACACACUACAUAUUGUUGAUGUAAAUUAUAAAUAGGCAAGCCCCAAGCACAGAUCCUUGCAGUACCACAAUGCAAUUUGUUAGUGUAAAAUGUCCCAUUUAUUCAGAUUGUCUGGUUUAUGUUGGUUAACCAAUCUUCAAUGCACACAACAAAUUGCCCUCAAUCCUCCAAGCCAUGUUUUCUCUCUCUCUUCUUGAAUAACAAAUUUGUGUUUGCUGUUUCCAAUUCCUAGAGAUUAUUGUAAAAGAUAGGGGAUUAAAAUGCUUCUUCUAAUUUUGUAGCCAUCUCAUUUAGGACCCUAUGACAUAAACCAUCAGAUCCAAGGGAUUUGUUAGCUUUUAGCUCCAUUAAUUUGCCCAGUACAGUAUGUGUACUAAAACAUUUUUUUAAAAGUUCCUCAAUCUCACUAAUCUCUUAGUCCCUCAUUAUUUCUA